UAUUCAUAAUUCGUCCAAUGAAGAGACACUAUCUGCAUAUAGGUAACGAUCAUUUAGGUCCAUAUCUUCAAAGUACUGAGUUGUUUAAGGUAGAUUUUUUCCUUGGCCGCAAGGAUAGGCGUCCAGCAAUAUUAGCGGAUUAUUAUUUUGCGCUAAAUUAAAAUGACAGAAGAUUUUGGAGGAGAUACUCCAUCUAUGUAUACAAAUGAAGAAACAAAAACUGCUGGACAACCUCUUUCGGAUUUUUUGCUACAACUUGAAGAUUAUACACCAACGGUACCAGAUGCUAUAAGUGAACAUUAUUUACAUACAGCAGGUUUUAAUACAACAGAUCCCAGAAUAGUAAGAUUGGUUUCAUUAGCUGCACAAAAAUUUAUAUCUGAAAUCGCAAAUGAUGCUUUACAACAUUGCAAAACUCGUGGAGCCAAUCAAAAUACAAAAACAAAAGGAAAAGAUCGACGUUAUACUCUUACCAUGGAAGAUUUAACUCCCGCAGUCGCAGAAUAUGGCAUCAUAGUCAAAAAACCACAUUAUUUUGUUUAAUUCUAUAAAUUUCAUCUAUUUUUAUUCAUGAAUAUAAUCUUUAUUUAAUGAUCUUUACAUAUAUACAGAAUGAAUUUGUAAUAUAUAUAUAUAUUAUAUAUAUCUAAAUACAUAUAUAAAAAUAUAUAUGUAUAUAUAUUGUAUUUAUAAUUUUUAUAAAAAUUAAUGCAACAAAAGAUAAAGAUUGAUGAAAUUGUAAAAUUAAUGUAUUUCGAAGUUCAUAUAUAAUAGAAUUAAUAUGAAAUAAUUGAAAAAUUUAAAUAUAAUGUUAUAUUUAAAAUUUUUGUAUUAAUAUUAUAUUGUAAUUUAAUGUCAAUAUUGUGUUGCAAUUUAUAUUAUAUUUAUAUUAUAUUAUAUUAUAAUAUUUAAUGUCGAUAUAAUCAAUAUUGUUAUUAGCAAUUUAUAACAUUUAAUUCUGAAAAUCUAAAUUUUUUUAAAUAUUCAAGAAAUCAUUGCGAAAAUUCUACUUGUUAAAAAUAAAAAACGAUGUUUAAUGAAUACAAGUGAAAAAUCUAUCCAUAUAGUGAUAGAAAGUCGAUUCAAGGAUAAUAAAAAUAUUUAAAAAAUU